UUUCAGAAGAUGAUGCUGCGAGUUAUCAUUUCGCUCUUCCUUUUGUGUUGCAUAAAGGAAUCCUACAGCGCAGGGAUAGAUGGUGAUUGCACCACUGAUGCCGAUUGUGAAAAGGCAGACUCAGGUUGUUAUUCAGGAAAAUGUAAAUGUAAAUUUCCAAAGGCAUAUGAUACUACUGCUGCAAAUUGCACUGGAACACCACAAUUCUGUAGUAACGAUCGUGAUUGCGCCUUUGGAACGUGUGUGUCUAACGUGUGUAAAUGUGACGGGGGUUACACAUCUGAAUCAAACUGCCGACUCAGACAGUACAGUAGUGGGGUGUCAAUAAAACCUGGAGUUACCUCCCUUGUCCUCCUCAUCGGCUCCGUGUGGAUGCUCCUAAAAUGAAUUUACUUCACCUUAACCUGUUGACUUUCUAUAUAAUUUUGUAAGACAUUACUUAAAGUUUGCUUUUUUAAAUCUAACUCAUUUAAGGCCAUUUGCUACAAACAAACAUACGUCGUGAAAAAGAACUGAAUUCCUAUUCACAUAUUUAUAUAAAUUGGAUAUAAGAAGUGAAGCCACCUUUUUUCCCAAAGAUUUCUCAAUAAUUCCCGUAAAAUAGUAUAUAGAUGUAUAAGAGGAACUGCAAAAGGACAAACCAGAACAUCAUGGAAAAUCUACAUUUUCUUUACAUUUCAGGGAAUUCGAUUAAUUUACAACCAAAAUGAGUUUACCAAUUCAUUCUUUUAGUUUUGUUUUGUUUGUUGGUGUCCUUAAGCAUAUUUAUUUUCGUAUAUAGUAUUGUAGGGGGUCAUGAUUGUGUUCAGCACCAAUUGUUAUUACUAUAGUUACAUGUUUAUGAAUGACCCCCUGUUUUGUAUAUAUCUUUUCGUCAUUUUACAAAAUAAAUGACAUUUUUCAUUCUAAUACAUAUGUUCUCAUUUCGCCUGCUUUCGCCUUGAGCAAAAAACGAGAUCAGUCUCCUUGGCAAGGUUAUACAAACAAAGGAACAUAAAUACUUUUCUGUGCGUAGUAGACAAUAUUUGUAAAUGUCAUUCAUCUCAACAGACUGUAUUUUCCUUUAAUAAAUCUUUCAAAACA